AUGCAUUAACUUGCUAAUCUGAAUACUUGGAUAUCUAUUUUAGUUGCAAAAUCGGAUAAGAAGAAUACAAUUUAAUCAUUUUUAUAUAAAAAAGCGAAUUUCUUAAUUUUUUAUGUAAUUAAUACUUUUUUAAUUAGCAAUCACAUUUAAUAAAUCAUAUUAACUAGAUUAAAUGUGUAAUAUCGUAAAUAUUACGUAUUAUGAUUAAAAAAAGCAUCAAUAAGAGUGAUCUAAAAAUUAUAUUUAAAUUUAUGAUAGAUUGUUCCCCAAAGUUUAAAAUAGAAUACAUGGCUCCCUUAAGCCAACACUAGAAAGUAUUAAUCGAAGAAGAACCUAAUAUUGACAUAAUAGAAUGUGAUCAAACUAAAAUCUCAUUUAAUGAAAAAUUAAUUGUUUGUAAUUACAAACCAUGGCAAACGGUAAUUGAAAUAACUAAAACUAUUGAAAAACUUAAAGGACAUUCAAAUGUGUAUUGGAUUAAUCCAAUCCUUGAUUCACGUCUAAGAAACAAUUUUAAAUCUAUUUUAAAAAAUUCUCCAAAAGUUUAAUCCAAUCUCGUUUGAAAAAAAGUGUGAUCUAUAUUUGUUCUAUAUAAUACCUAUAAAUAAAAUGAAAAAAAG